AUGGCUCUGCAAGACCCCACCACGCCCGAGUGGCCCAUCUACAUGCCCAUGGCCAAAUCCGUCAUCCGAGCCAUGGAUGCUGCGCAACUGGCCGCCAGAGAGCUCAUUCCCCACGUGCCAGUGGAGGGCUUUGUGACUGUUGGUGUGAUCAAGCGCGCAUGCAUGGCCUGGCUCUCUGCUGCUCUCGAUAAGCGAGUGGUGGCCUUCAUAUCAUACGGCUACGAUCUCAUCAACUUUCAGCCCAACAUGCAGCAUCUGCUCGACUCCCUGGGGGCUGUGCCCAUCCUGGGGCGGUUCUAUGCGGAUUACAACCUCACUCACAUGCUGCACUCACCGGAAAUGCGCCACAUUAUGACCUACACCGACCCCUACUUCUUCCGGGACCGCCUCACCAUGCCCAAGCUACUCAUUGCUGCCUCCAACGACGAGUUCUUCUCCAUGGACGACUCGUACUUCAACGACCUGCCACCCCCCACGCUGUUUAAAAUCGUGGCCAAUCUGGACCACAUGGUCAUACAGAUGUCGCAGUGGGUAUGCCUACGACGCGCGUCUCCUCUCUCCUCCACAUCAACUCCUCCACAUCAACUCCUCCACAUCAACUCCUCCACAUCAACUCCUCCACAUCAACUCCUCCACAUCAACUCCUCCACAUCAACUCCUCCACAUCAACUCCUCCACAUCAACUCCUCCACAUCAACUCCUCCACAUCAACUCCUCCACAUCAACUCCUCCACAUCAACUCCUCCACAUCAACUCCUCCACAUCAACUCCUCCACAUCAACUCCUCCACAUCAACUCCUCCACAUCAACUCCUCCACAUCAACUCCUCCACAUCAACUCCUCCACAUCAACUCCUCCACAUCAACUCCUCCACAUCAACUCCUCCACAUCAACUCCUCCACAUCAACUCCUCCACAUCAACUCCUCCACAUCAACUCCUCCACAUCAACUCCUCCACAUCAACUCCUCCACAUCAACUCCUCCACAUCAACUCCUCCACAUCAACUCCUCCACAUCAACUCCUCCACAUCAACUCCUCCACAUCAACUCCUCCACAUCAACUCCUCCACAUCAACUCCUCCACAUCAACUCCUCCACAUCAACUCCUCCACAUCAACUCCUCCACAUCAACUCCUCCACAUCAACUCCUCCACAUCAACUCCUCCACAUCAACUCCUCCACAUCAACUCCUCCACAUCAACUCCUCCACAUCAACUCCUCCACAUCAACUCCUCCACAUCAACUCCUCCACAUCAACUCCUCCACAUCAACUCCUCCACAUCAACUCCUCCACAUCAACUCCUCCACAUCAACUCCUCCACAUCAACUCCUCCACAUCAACUCCUCCACAUCAACUCCUCCACAUCAACUCCUCCACAUCAACUCCUCCACAUCAACUCCUCCACAUCAACUCCUCCACAUCAACUCCUCCACAUCAACUCCUCCACAUCAACUCCUCCACAUCAACUCCUCCACAUCAACUCCUCCACAUCAACUCCUCCACAUCAACUCCUCCACAUCAACUCCUCCACAUCAACUCAUCAACUCCUCCACAUCAACUCCUCCACAUCAACUCCUCCACAUCAACUCCUCCACAUCAACUCCUCCACAUCAACUCCUCCACAUCAACUCCUCCACAUCAACUCCUCCACAUCAACUCCUCCACAUCAACUCCUCCACAUCAACUCCUCCACAUCAACUCCUCCACAUCAACUCCUCCACAUCAACUCCUCCACAUCAACUCCUCCACAUCAACUCCUCCACAUCAACUCCUCCACAUCAACUCCUCCACAUCAACUCCUCCACAUCAACUCCUCCACAUCAACUCCUCCACAUCAACUCCUCCACAUCAACUCCUCCACAUCAACUCCUCCACAUCAACUCCUCCACAUCAACUCCUCCACAUCAACUCCUCCACAUCAACUCCUCCACAUCAACUCCUCCACAUCAACUCCUCCACAUCAACUCCUCCACAUCAACUCCUCCACAUCAACUCCUCCACAUCAACUCCUCCACAUCAACUCCUCCACAUCAACUCCUCCACAUCAACUCCUCCACAUCAACUCCUCCACAUCAACUCCUCCACAUCAACUCCUCCACAUCAACUCCUCCACAUCAACUCCUCCACAUCAACUCCUCCACAUCAACUCCUCCACAUCAACUCCUCCACAUCAACUCCUCCACAUCAACUCCUCCACAUCAACUCCUCCACAUCAACUCCUCCACAUCAACUCCUCCACAUCAACUCCUCCACAUCAACUCCUCCACAUCAACUCCUCCACAUCAACUCCUCCACAUCAACUCCUCCACAUCAACUCCUCCACAUCAACUCCUCCACAUCAACUCCUCCACAUCAACUCCUCCACAUCAACUCCUCCACAUCAACUCCUCCACAUCAACUCCUCCACAUCAACUCCUCCACAUCAACUCCUCCACAUCAACUCCUCCACAUCAACUCCUCCACAUCAACUCCUCCACAUCAACUCCUCCACAUCAACUCCUCCACAUCAACUCCUCCACAUCAACUCCUCCACAUCAACUCCUCCACAUCAACUCCUCCACAUCAACUCCUCCACAUCAACUCCUCCACAUCAACUCCUCCACAUCAACUCCUCCACAUCAACUCCUCCACAUCAACUCCUCCACAUCAACUCCUCCACAUCAACUCCUCCACAUCAACUCCUCCACAUCAACUCCUCCACAUCAACUCCUCCACAUCAACUCCUCCACAUCAACUCCUCCACAUCAACUCCUCCACAUCAACUCCUCCACAUCAACUCCUCCACAUCAACUCCUCCACAUCAACUCCUCCACAUCAACUCCUCCACAUCAACUCCUCCACAUCAACUCCUCCACAUCAACUCCUCCACAUCAACUCCUCCACAUCAACUCCUCCACAUCAACUCCUCCACAUCAACUCCUCCACAUCAACUCCUCCACAUCAACUCCUCCACAUCAACUCCUCCACAUCAACUCCUCCACAUCAACUCCUCCACAUCAACUCCUCCACAUCAACUCCUCCACAUCAACUCCUCCACAUCAACUCCUCCACAUCAACUCCUCCACAUCAACUCCUCCACAUCAACUCCUCCACAUCAACUCCUCCACAUCAACUCCUCCACAUCAACUCCUCCACAUCAACUCCUCCACAUCAACUCCUCCACAUCAACUCCUCCACAUCAACUCCUCCACAUCAACUCCUCCACAUCAACUCCUCCACAUCAACUCCUCCACAUCAACUCCUCCACAUCAACUCCUCCACAUCAACUCCUCCACAUCAACUCCUCCACAUCAACUCCUCCACAUCAACUCCUCCACAUCAACUCCUCCACAUCAACUCCUCCACAUCAACUCCUCCACAUCAACUCCUCCACAUCAACUCCUCCACAUCAACUCCUCCACAUCAACUCCUCCACAUCAACUCCUCCACAUCAACUCCUCCACAUCAACUCCUCCACAUUACUCUCUCCCCCGCCUCCUCCCGCCCUUCCCUCACCUGGACCCAUCCCAUACCCACCCCUACCUCCUCCUCCUCCUCCUCCUCCUCCUCCUCCUCCUCCUCCUCCUCCCUCCUCCUCCUCCUCCUCCUCCUCCUCCUCCUCCUCCUCCUCCUCCUCCUCCUCCUCCUCCUCCUCCUCACUCACUCACGACCCUCGUUCUUCUAGUCUUCCAGCGACAGAAACAGCAGCACACACCCGCCCCUGGAGUUGUGUUCCCAAGCUGCCAGCUGUCGACUGGCCGCGGCUGACGUGGCGGUUUGACUGGUCCACGUUCACCAUUCAUGCCACGUCAGACAGGAAGCCAUUGGCCGUUAGAGCAUGGUGA